AAUGGAUAGUCAUGGAUAAAAAUAAUACAAAAAUUGAUGUUGUUAAAGCAAUUUGCAAUAGUAUUACUGAGGAAAUGAUAAUGAAUCUAGAGUAUAAUAAUCCUUUAUUAUCAUAUGUGAUUGAUUUUUCAAACCUACCCAAAGAAAUUAAAGAUGCAUUUGAUGAGCAAGCGCUAAUUGCAAUGACAGCUCCACCAAUAAAAUUCUAUCGAGAUAUGGAUCCUUCUUCAGAAGAAUAUCUCGUAUACUUGUAUAAAAACCAACAAAUUACAUCAAGUGCAUCAAAAUAUCAGAAGAUUGAAAAUAUAAAAUUUGAGAAGGAAACCCGUGAACAGUUAGAUCGAAUAAUGGCACCGUUUUUCAUAUCUUCACAAGCAAAGAAGGCAGAUACCUGGAUUGAAAUGAUGAUUGCAAAAAAUCUUCAUAAGAUUGUAUUUGCUGAAACAUCAGGGUCACCUUUUCAAGCCACAUGUACUACUAAAAAG